UGAACGAAAUAUCAUCAUUUAAAUACUAGUCAGUGACUCGCGGUUUAGUUGUUUCAAAACACAUUGCACUGACACAACAACAUUACGCUAACAUGGCAAGCCUUUCAAUUUAGUACGCGUUUUCCAAACGUUGGGUUACAACGCUUCGGCACGAAUUUUCCAGAAUAAACUACACCAUGUCUUCCGAGGGCUAUUCGUCAUCGGAACUUGAGGCGAUGCCGGAUAGGAUUGCGGAAACCUUCACAGGGAUGACGCUCCUCGUGACAGGCGGUACAGGAUUCAUGGGGAAGGUUUUGGUGGAGAAACUCUUGAGAAAAUGUCCAGACAUCGGUAAAAUAAUGCUGCUAGUUCGUCCGAAGAAAGGGAAAAUCCCAAAACAGCGCUUGGAAGAUAUGUUAAAUGACGCGUUAUUCGAAAAAUUAAGAACUAUGCGUGGUGGUAUAGAGCCGUUGCUGGAGAAGUUACAGAUCAUCAGCGGUGACGCCAGCGCACCAGAUCUAGCCAUGAGUCAGGCUGACCGGGAAACUGUUAUUGAGAAUGUCGACAUCGUCAUCCACGCGGCAGCUACAAUCAGAUUCGACGAGGAACUUAAAAAGGCGGUUUUGCUUAACGUCCGAGGAACGAAGCUGAUGAUUGAAUUGGCCAAACAAUGCAAACAUCUACAGCUCUUCAUCCACAUAUCAACAGCGUACUGUCACUUGCACGAGAAGCUUCUAGAAGAAAGGCCGUACCCCCCACCAGCAGACCCCCACAAGAUCAUCGAUGCCAUGGAAUGGAUGGAUGAGGAGACCGUUGCAACUAUUACACCUAAAUUACUAAGCAAGCUCCCAAAUUCGUACGCUUUUACAAAGGCGUUAGGCGAGGCGUUGGCUGUAGAAGCGAUGGAGCAUAUACCAGUCAUGGUGCUCAGGCCAUCUAUCGUCAUUCCCAUAUGGCAAGAACCAGUACCAGGAUGGACAGACAACAUCAACGGACCCACUGGCUUACUGAUUGGUGCUGGUAAGGGCGUGAUCAGAUCGAUGUACUGUAAAGGGAACAGCUAUGCUGAUUAUUUACCUGUCGACGUGUUCAUAAACGGUAUCAUGAUUUGCGUCUGGAAUCACAUAAAAAAUGGCGACAAGAAAACCAAUGUUGUCAACUUCACAUCAUCCGCCGAGAUCAAGGUCACCUGGCUGGAGAUGAUCGACGCUGGGCGAGACAUCAUCAUGAACAGAGUACCGCUGAACGGUGUUGUUUGGUAUCCAGGAGGUUCCAUGAAACAUUCCAGGCUUUACCACAAUAUUUGCGCGCUUUUCUUCCACUGGAUCCCAGCUAUCCUCAUCGAUACAUUGUUGUUAUGCCUCGGUUAUAAGCCUGUGUUAAUGCGCGUCCACCGUCGUAUCAGCAAGGGUUUUGAUGUGUUCGAGUACUAUACAAACAACCAGUGGGAUUUCAAAUCGGAUAUCGCGCAGACCGUCAGACAGAACCUCAAUCCGAGGGAACGGCGGGAUUACAAGGUCGAUGCUAUCGGAUUAGAUAUAUCAAAGUAUUUCGAAGAUUGCAUCCGAGCCGCCAGGAUAUUCAUUCUCAAGGAGUACGAUGACACUCUGCCCGCCGCCCGGCGUCACAUGAAAGUAAUGUGGUUUGUGGAUUUGGUAACAAGGUUCGUGUUUUGGGCUCUCAUCUUCUACUGGCUCAGCGGGUGGAUGUCCGCCUUCUACACGUUCCUCGUCGGCACGAGCGACAUAGCUCCUAAACCCAUCGUCGAAUAAUAUAAUAUAAAAGUUAUAGUUUCAAUGUAUUUUGUUUUUUUAUAUAGGAGAGUAAAUAAAAAGUAUGGAAAUAUAACUUAUAACUUGAGGAGAGUUUGUUUGUUUGUAUUUUAUCUUGGGAAUUUUUUCAGUAAUAUCAGAUGCUCAGAACUCAUAUCAAAUGUAUAUAUAGGGACUAGGUAUAUAUACGUAUGUGAUGUUAUAUGUAAGAUAGAGGAUUUUCUCGUUUUGUUUGUCAAAUAUUAAUGUCAAGUUCAGGUGAGAAAAUUGUAUUUUUAGUGCUUCAAGUAAAACAAAAAAAUUUCAGAAAAAAUUUGAAAAUGUAAUUUUGAUUUUUUUGAAAAAAUUUUUUUUUUAUUCUUGAUACUGAUGUGUAUUUUUUUGUAUAAUAAAUUAGUUUUAAGAAUUAAAGCUUUAAUGUUUUGCUUACUUUUAUAUUCAAUAAAAAAUAUGAAAUGUA